CAUUAUAUCAGUCAAACCUGACCCCUCGUGCUCCUCUUGGUGGUGUUCCUUUUCCUUGUGACCAACACAUGUGCCUGUUCCUAGAACUUAGAAAUAAUCCAAAAGCAUUAAUUUUAUGGGCAUUUCACUUUCAUCACGGCUUCUCCAAAUUAAAUAUUUUACAUAUACAUGACACCUUUCUAUCCAAAACAAGAUCGUUACAUUACUAAGAAAAGUAUUAGGAACAAUCAAACUCUUCACAUAUCUCCCGUUCAGAGUUUUCAAAAUGGCACUGAACUACAACCCCUCUUACAAUCUUGUGCAUCAAGCUCCACAUGCUAACACAAUAAUCUAUCACACAACACAACCUGCUUCAGAUUUGCCGAUACUUGCCAUCAUUGUGCCCAGCAUCUUUGUCACUGCUUUCAUACUCAUCACCUACUUAACCCUUGUGACAAAAUGCUGCUCAAACUGGCACCAACUUAACCCUUUGAGAUGGAUUUCAACACUACAAGCCUCACAGCAUGAACAUCAAGACCAUCAAGACCCCUUCAUAGCACUCUCUCUUUCUCCCAUGAUGUGGAACCAUGGACUUGAUGAAUCUGCCAUCAAAGAAAUCCCAACACUUGAAUGCACAAAAGCAGAAGCUGAGAAGAAUAUUCAAAGUGUAUGUGGCUGUGUGGUAUGUUUGACUGAGUUUCAAGAACAUGAUAUGCUAAAAGUUUUGCCAAACUGUAGCCAUGCCUUUCACUUGCAUUGCAUUGAUAUUUGGCUUCAAACCAAUGCUAAUUGCCCUCUUUGCAGAUCAAGCAUUACUUCAGGCAAAAAACACUGUUCAUUGGAUGAUGUCAUAGCUCCAAGUUCUUCCCCUCAGGAUUCUCAAUUGCUAUCUUACAUGGGAAGUGACGAAGAUUUUGUGGUCAUUGAACUUGGGGGACAACAUGUGGCAACACUGCCUCAGAUGAUGCAACGAGAAAGAAGUGACACAAGGGAAAGAAAUCAAAGAAUAGUAGGGUAUAGUAGAAGUCACUCUACAAGGAAGUGUCACCAUGUUUCUAUCAUGGGAGAUGAGUGCAUUGAUGUUAGGAAGAAAGAUGAGCAGUUUUCUAUUCAGCCGAUUCGAAGAUCUUUCUCGAUGGAUUCAGCUAAUGAUAAGCAACUUUACUUGGAUUUUCAAACCAUGAUACAACAGAAUAAUAGGCAUCAAAAUCUGGCUAGUGCCAGUGAAGAUUGUAAUAGCAGAAGUCGAAGAUCAUUCUUUCCAUUUCGAUAUGCUCGGGGAUCGAAAACUCUGGUCGUUCCUCUAGAGAACAAAGUUUAAUGUAAUUAAGAUAAGUUAAUUUUCUUCUUUUUCAUCUUCUUCAAAUUAUUUCUUUCCCUUGUUCUCUCUUGGUUAUGUUGAUGAGAUCUUUGAAUUUGAGUUGUCUCGGUGAAGAGUGACACAUUAAACAAUAGAGGAGAAUGUGUGGUCAAUUUUGCAAUUAUAGAGUGAGUUGACACUCUUGACACUUGGAAUAUUGUUAAUAAAAAUAGAGGCAUGUCAUUGAUUAAAUCACAAAUGAAAGAAAAUGAAUAAGCUUGCACGCAGCUUUUUCUUCAUGUUUAUGAUCUCUUGUUCCAUUCAAUUGGGAAAAGCUAUGAAUUCAAUUGAAGGCAGUGCAAUGAGGGACCUACACAAUGAAAAGG